CCAUCCCCCCGCCAUCCGCGAGCACGGGCCGGGUCCGUCCCCGCGCCGGCCGCCGCCCCCCUCGCCUCGGGUCCCGCGGCCGCUCGGGGAGCAGCAUGAGCCAGGGCAGCUCCAACCCCGCAGCUGUGCCUCACGCCGCCGAGGACGUGCAGGGCGAUGACAGGUGGAUGUCCCAGCACAAUCGCUUUGUCCUGGACUGCAAAGACAAGGAGCCCGACGUGCUGUUCGUGGGCGACUCCAUGGUGCAGCUGCUGCAGCAGUAUGAGAUCUGGCGGGAGCUCUUCUCACCCCUCCACGCCUUGAACUUCGGCAUCGGGGGAGACACCACGGGUCACGUCCUGUGGAGGCUGAAGAACGGGGAGCUGGAGAACAUCAAACCCAAGGUCAUUGUUGUUUGGGUUGGAACCAACAACCACGAAAACACAGCCGAAGAAGUGGCAGGGGGGAUCGAGGCCAUCGUCCGCCUGAUCAACACCCAGCAGCCACAGGCCAAAGUCAUUGUGCUGGGCCUGCUACCUCGUGGGGAGAAGCCCAACCCGCUGCGGCAGAAGAACGCCCGUGUGAACCAGCUGCUGAAGGCCUCGCUGCCCAAGCUGCCCAACGUGCAGCUGCUGGACGCCGACGCGGGCUUCGUGCACUCAGACGGCACCAUCUCCUACCAUGACAUGUUCGACUUCCUGCACCUGACGGGAGGGGGCUACGCCAAGAUCUGCAAACCCCUCCACGAACUGAUCAUGCAGCUGCUGGAGGAGACCCCCGAGGAGAAGCGAGCCCCGCUGGCCUGAGCGCCCGCCGGCACCCGGAGCACUUGUGGCCCCGGCACUACAGGAUCCUUCUUUCUUCGAGCACUUUCCAUUGUAGAACGUCCCCGGCCGCCCGUCCCCGGCGCGCGGAGGGGGGAAGGCGAAGCUCCAGCUGCCCCGCAGCUGCCUGCCUUUGCUUUUAGUGCAGGAGGAAAGCAGCCCAAGGAGAGUUUUACUCUGCAACCGUUCCUCGUGGCAGCCCAGCCCAGGACUGUCGCCCCGUACCCCCCUCGCGUCUCGUCGCUCUGUGGUUGUCCUAGACCCCCGUAGCCUGCCUGGCGUGCCCGGCCUGCCCCGGGCACGGGGCUCUCUGUGUGUGUCUGUGUGUGUGUCACCCGCUCAACAAGAAUCACAUUCCACUCGCAAAAGCCAGAGCAGAUGCUUCUUUCCAACCUCGGGCCCACCUUUUGCAGUUGCUCUGGGGGGGUCGCUUGGCGUUUCCCGGGGGCUGAGGGGAGCUGAGGGGACACGUGUCGCCUUCUCACUCCUCCCCUCCUUCCCAAGCAGCAUGAAACUGGAAUUGAGACCUGUAAAGAAACAGUUAACCAAGUCGUGUAACACUC